AUGGGGCUGCUCCGCUGGCUGCCUCUGCUCACACAGCUGGUGGUGGGGCAGCUGCAGGGGGCCAGGCCCCUGGGCCCCAUCAAGGUCUUCGUGGUGCCCCACAGCCACAUGGAUGUGGGCUGGCUCUACACAAUCCAGGAGAACAUGCGGGCCUACGUGGCCAACGUGUACAGCUCCGUGACGCAGGAGCUGACCCACAGGAAGUACCGGCGCUUCAUCGUGGUGGAGCAGGAGUACUUCCGGCUGUGGUGGGACGGCGUGGCCUCGGAGAGGCAGAAGCAGCAGGUUCGCCGGCUUGUGGCCCUCAGACAACUGGAGUUUGUCAUCGGAGGCCAGGUCAUGCACGAUGAGGCUGUGACCCACAUUGAUGACCAGAUCCUCCAGCUGACAGAAGGACACAGCUUUCUCUACGAGACAUUCGGGGUCCGGCCGCAGUUCUCCUGGCAGGUCGACCCGUUUGGUGCGUCCGCCACAACACCCACGCUGUUUGCCCUGGCGGGGUUCAACGCCCACGUCAUCUCCCGGGUCGACUAUGACCUGAAGAUGGCCAUGCAGCAGGCUCAGGGGCUGCAGUUCGUGUGGCGAGGGUCCCAGUCCCUGGCGGCGCAGCAGGAAAUCUUCACGCACGUCAUGGACAAGUUUAGCUACUGCUCGUGAGCACUUGUUCUGGCUGGGCCCUGGCCCUCUAACCCUUCUCUCUCCCGCAGGGACGGGUUUUACUGGGAAGGUCAGGCUCAGUUCCCGGACCCGCCCAAGAACGGGCAGUACCCCAACAUGGAGGAGCCCGUCACCGAGUACACCAUCAGGAAAUACAUGAAUGCCCUGGUGGAGGAGGUGAAGCGGCGGGCCACCUGGUUCCGGACCCCGCACGUCCUCUGGCCCUGGGGAUGUGACCGGCACUUUUUCAACGCCACAGUGCAGUUUGCCAACAUGGACCUCCUGCUGGGCUACAUCAACAAGCAAGCAGCCAAGCUUGGUGUCACAGUGCAGUACGCCACUCUGGAUGAGUACUUCCACGCCGUGCACACGCACAGGGUCACCUGGCAGGUCCGCAGCCACCAGGACUUCCUGCCCUAUUCCUCAGAAAUGCUAAUGGCCUGGACCGGCUUCUACACGUCCCGCAGCCAGCUCAAGGGGCUGGCGAGGCAGGCCAGCGCCCUGCUGCACGCCGGGGAGUCCAUGUUCACACGCUACAUGUGGCCAGCCCCCCGCGGGUCCCUGGACCCCGCCUGGGCCCUGAAGCAGCUCCAGCAGCUCCGCUGGGCAGUGUCUGAGGUCCAGCACCAUGAUGCGAUCACUGGGACCGAGGCCACCAAGGUGAGUGACAUGUUUGUGGAGCACCUGAGCGUGGGGAUGGAGGGCGUGCUCCAGCUGAUGGUCUCCAUCGUCCUGGGCAGGACCCAAGCCCACGCCGGUGAGCAAGGCCCUGCAGGGCAGGCUGGGGGCCCGGCUCCUGAGGGCCAUGUUGCCGUGGUCUACAACCCCCUGGCCUGGACGGUCACCACUUUUGUCAGCCUGACUGUGGGCUUCUCCAAGGUCAGCGUCACAGACGAGUCAGGCCGCCCCGUGCCCGCACAGGUCCAGAAAUCGAAGGAGUCGCCGCACAAAUAUGACCUGCAUGUGCUGACCGUACUCCCGGGCCUCAGUUACCAGCGCUACAGCAUCAGGCCCGCCAGAGGGGCCCAGGAGGGCGGCGGGGCACCGAGGGCCCCCGGGGCGUUCGCCUCCAAGUUUGGCCGCAGGCUGAGGAGCCACGCCGGGCCCCCGGGCAGGCGCCUGGUGCCUGUGGAGAACGCGUGCUACACCGUCUUCCUCGACAGGGACACGAACCUGAUGCACAGCGUCCGGGAGCGGAAGGGCAACCGGACGGUCCGUGUGACCCAGGAGUUCCUGGAGUACCAAGCCACCAACAACUCGCUUCUUGGCCCCGUUUCUGAUAACUACGCAUUCAUACCCACACGCCCUGCGGGCCCAGCGUGGAAGGCAAUGGAAAUGGAGAUCGUAGAUGGGAGUCUUGUGACCGAGAUCCGGCAGUACUUCUACAGGAGUGUGAACGCCAAGGCCCCCACGUACGCCAUCUUCUCCCGCCUGGCCCACGUGCCACGCGGCUACAACGGGGAGCAGCUGUGCCACCGCAUAGAGCAGGAGCUCCGGGUGGGCCCCCUGCAGCUGAACCGCGAGGUCGUCCUGCGGACCAGCACCAACCUGUCCAGCCGGCAGGUCCUCUACUCAGACAGCAAUGGCUACCAGAUGCAGCGGAGGCCCUACCGGAUCUACGCUAAAAACAGUAUCUCCCGGAACUACUACCCCAUGGUCCAGUCGGCCUACAUCGAGGACGGCAGGAGCAGGCUGGUGCUGCUGUCGGAGCGGGCGCACGGCGUCUCCAGCCAGGGGCAGGGACAGGUGGAGGUCAUGCUUCACCGGCGGCUAUGGAACGACGAGGAUUUUUCCCUGUACUACAAUAUCACACUGAACGACACCUCGGUUGUCCACCCAGUGCUCUGGCUCCUGCUGGGACCCCCGCUAGCGACCACCCGCCUGCGCCCGAGGAGUGGGCUGGCCCUGCAGCACAGGCCGGUGGUGGUGCUGGGAGGGCUGACCGAGACUGGCCAAAAUCUCUCAGCCCCCCAUCAGCAAGAGGCUGUGACGUUGCCCGCCAGCCUUCACCUGCAGAUCCUGAGCAUCCCCGGCUGGGACUACAGCUCCAACCAUACAGAGCACCUGCAGAACCUCCGGAAAGGCCCUCAGGGGAAAGCCAAGGCCGACCUCCGCCGGGUCCUGCUGCGGCUGCACCACCUGUACGAGGCGGGGGAGCACCCGGUCCUGUCUCGGCCGGUGACCGUGAAUCUGAAGUCCGUGCUGCGGGGGCUGGGCACCGUGCUGGCCGUGGAGGAGCGCUCGCUCACGGGGACCUGGGACGUGAGCACGCUGCGGCGCUGGAGGUGGAGGACCAAGGAUGGAGGCGGCUCCCGGCCCCGGCCCCCGCCCCCGCCGGGCCCGACUGUCACCGUCCACCCGAAGGAAAUCCGGACGUUCUUCGUUUACUUCAAAAAGAGUGAGCUCGUGGCAGACUCUGCGGGCCCGCGGCUGCCUGGGGGCCCCAGGUGA